AUGAUGCAGUCAGCAACCCCGAGAUGUCGGCCUCGCAGGUCGACGCGUUGUCGGACGUGCCGGAGGCGCAAAGUCAAGUGCGACAAUGAGCAGCCCCAUUGCCGCCGCUGCACCCGAGCAGGAAUUGAGUGCGAGGGAUAUGAGAAUGACCGCAUAUUUGUGAUGUAUGGAGACCGCCAGGCUGACGACGGCAAGGCUCCGGCAGAUCAGCCGAUUCCCGAGCCUAGUUGUUGCGCGCGGCAGCAGAUGCAGCUGCGGCGAGCACCAAUUCCCCGCAGCUCAGACAUCCCAAAACGUAUCAACACCAAUCGGCUGGACGUCUUUAAUGGCUUUCUAGCGCGAUAUCUCCCCCGGCAUACUGUCCUCAACGACCAUUCGCUGCAAUGGCUCGGCGGCCUGGCUCUCGGCCAGACCGUCUUCGGACACCUCGACGAUGCAGCCGACGCACUGGGGACCGUCGUCAUGGCGCGGUCACUGAAUGAUGCCGUGGCUCUCUUGGCCGGAAUGGAGCUGUACGGUAAAGCGUUGGCACAGCUGCGCCAUGGGAAGUUGACAGCCCGCAACUGGCAUGGCCUUCUCAUGACGGCCCUGGUUCUGCAAAUAUACGAGGCGGUAGAGAGUUCAGCGUCUGCUGGUGACGGAUGGAUGCGCCAUGCUGUUGGUAUCUGCUCGAUUCUUCAGCACGUAGGUCCCGAGGCGGUACAAAAAGGCCCCAUACAUGAGAUAUUUCUCUGUUGUCGCCAUUCAAUAACUGUCGGGAGUAUCUUCUUUGAGCGGCCCACGCUCCUCGCGACCCGAGAAUGGCAGACUGUGCCAUGGGAACAAACACCCAAAACCGACUUCCAUCGCCUGCUCGAUGUUUCCACACAGGUGGCUGCUCUUUUGCACGCCUCAACUACGCUCUCUCAGCAACCAGGCAACACUAGCUCCCAGGACCCCGCGACUUCCAGGCUGCGAGCUUCACAGUUUUACGAACAUCGUCACCAACUUGACCUCGGCCUGGACCAGUGGUGGGAGGACAUGAACGCCAAUGGCAAAGACCGGCCGUUGUUUUGGACACAACCUCUCGGCAGCGAUGACGAUGGGCCAUUGCCAGAGGACGCUCCGUUUACACAUCGACUUUGCUACCAAAAGUUGACCGACGCUCAGAUGCUCAUAAUGUAUUGGGAGGCCAAGCUGCAAUGCCACAAGGCAGCUUUGCGUGUGGCGGGCAACAGUUGCCUGCCGCCAAACAGUGGCGCUCCAAAGGACGGGGAGAUACCUUCACCCCAACUUCACCACUACGCAGACUCUAUAUGCCAGUCUUGCGCUUAUAUGCAGGCCGAAGAGUUUGGCAUCCUCGGUAUGCACUAUACUAUCAUGCCUCUUCUCGCGGCGCGGCACUUUUAUGCAGAGGCCGGCUCGCUCGAGAAGCAGAAUUGGUGCGAUGUCAAGAUUGCAAAUUACACUGUUAUUAUUAUUCUUUAUUUUCUGCAUGUGAUAACCAAACUGGAGUCCUACAACCCACUUCACAGUAUUUUUCUGAACUUGAUUGCUGGUGUCUUCGACUACUAUGAUAGCGCCGGCGUCAAAGGGCGUCAUAGAAAGGCAUACGUCAACGUCAAAAACCUCUUGGCCGAAGUUCAGGACGGUUUAGAGCAGGAGACGGGCAGUAGGCUCGAGAACAGCCUGUCCAGGAUCUGGAAGGACUACAUCUCAAUCAUGUCGUCGACUUCGCACAGCAAUACCUAA